AAACGAAUGAUUUGGCUGAUUCACAACUAUGCCUUGGGCCGUGAUAGCAUAUUUGUAUUGGUUUUAAGAAAUCUACGUCAGGUUCUUUUGUUAUUCAUGUAUCAGUAUUUUUGUAUGUGACUUCGUUUCUGUAGUCUAUUGUUUGCGGUGAGUGUUGAUUUGCUUGCCUGGACCUUACAUUUGCGAUUGGGUCGGAUAUUUUUUCUUUUUAUUCUUUUUAUUGAUUAUUCCAGUUAUGCUUAUACCAGCUAGAAAUGCAUUCGAGGUGGAUUUAAUUUUGUGAUAAGUCGGGAUCUUAUGUAGAUUACAAUAGAAAAAAGUUUGUACACAAACAUUUGUGGAUUUUAUUGAGGUUUUUCCUCAAUAUUCGAAAAUGUUAAAGUUUUAGUCGACCAAAAAUGAGAUCUUUUUCCUUGGCUUUGCUAACAUAGGGCGUUAUGUUCUAUGUUUAGUCCUAUGACUUACAGUUAAGAGGAAAUUGUAAUUAUCUGUUAAUUUUUAAAGGCACAAUUUAAUUGAACAAUAUAAGAAUGGUGGUAUAUCUAAAAUUUUUAAAAAUUGAAGAAUAAUGAAUAUUCACCGUAGUUGGAUGUGGAGGCGUUUGGGUGAUAAUCGAUUUUGUUUUAGAUGAAUUCGUAACAAGGGGUUGAUCAGGAGUUCUUGAACUUUGCCUUUGGUAACCCAUGAUUUCUAAAUAAUGGACAAAUCAAAUGUCCAUGCUCUAAAUGCGAUAACACAAGAUUUUUGAAUCGGAGUGAUGUGCAUUUACACAUAGUAAAAAAUUGAUUCACGCAAUUUAUUGACAUGUGAAUUAAUAUUUUUCUGUAAACUAUAGGAAAAAGAACUUGGUACAGAAGUGACUGAUCUUGAAUUAUUUCAAAGAUGCCAUAGAAAGAACAAAUGAAUUGGAGAGUUCAUGGACAACAAAUCCAAAAGAAUUAGUUUUUCAUUCGAUAUCUCAACUUGGUAUGAUAUCACUAGAGGUCCUUCAAAAGGACGCUUAUAUGGAUUUAGAUGUAGCUCCUCAUCUACAAGUUCAAGUUCAGUCAGUUCUACUCUUAAAGAAUCUGACCAGAACAAUGAGUUAACAAAAGCUGUGGAGGACAUGCGCUCUAAUGCUGCAAAAAUGGAAGAAGAAUUUUCAAGACGAGAAGACAAAAAUAGAAAAUUGCUUGAAAUUGCUCUUGAAGAAGCUCGAAAGAGGGAGGAAGAGGCUCGGAAGAGAGAGGCAGACCUACAAGAAUUAGUUCGAAAAUUACUUCAAGAUGUGGAAUACAAAAACUAUCAAUUUGCUGGUGGGUCUGCACUCCAGGAGCAACAACAUUCCAGGAAAGAUAAUUAGUUUAUUUUUUCUGUUGGUUGUUAAUGACUUAGUUUAUAUUAGUGUUGUUGUAUUAUGAGUAUCUUUUGUUAAUAUUUAUUGUUCUAGUUUGGAAAAUUCAAAUUUUGGUAUUGAUGGAAUGUAUGUGAUGGUAUAAUGACCAAGAUAUUAAUUUGGGU